AUAUACAUACCUAUAUAUACAGAUAGGUAUAUAUAUAUGCACUGCGUGGCCAUCUUCCAAUGAUGCUUUGAUAACAACUGUCCCAACAACCACUUGACAACUGUUUGCACACCUCUCCGGCUAACAAUGCUGGAAAACCGCCUGAGGAGCCUGCUUACCCGACGUCGACAGCAGUCGUACGAGCAAUUGCGGGACGAAGCUGAUGUAAAUGAGAUUGAAGAUGGAAGCUCAUAUAGCGAUAGUGGGAGAGGCCACCAGCUGGAUGACUGUACGGCCUCGCCGUUCUCAUGGCUUGAAUACUCGAUCCUGUUCUGGAUGGGCGUGAAUAUGCUCUGGGCUUGGAACAUGUUUCUGGCCGCGGCUCCAUACUUCCAGCUCCGAUUCACAUCCAACAGCUGGGUGUUGACCAACUUCCAAUCAUGUAUCCUUUCCGUCUCAUGCGUCACAAACCUAUCAUCUGUCCUUGUCCUGGCUAAAUUGCAGAAAAAUGCAUCUUAUCCCCGCCGCAUCAUUUGGUCCCUCACCCUUAACAUAGCUGUUUUCACCCUGUUAGCCCUCUCUGCCGUUCUAUUUCGUGACGUCUCCAUCCCUGUCUACUUCACCUUCCUGCUUUUCAUGGUGUUUGGCGCCAGUCUUGCAACCGGAUUUAAUCAGAAUGGGAUGUUCGCUUUUGCCUCCGGAUUUGGGCGGGCCGAAUAUACACAGGCUCUCAUGGCAGGGCAGGGCGUAGCAGGUGUUUUGCCAUGUAUUGUCCAGAUCGUUUCCGUCCUCGCCGUCCCAGAGCAAAGUGAGACCGUGAGCGAUCAGGUGGUUCAAUACAAAUCAUCCAAAUCCGCAUUCGCCUUCUUCAUCACCGCGACUCUAGUAUCUGCCCUUGCAUUGUGUGCCUUUCUCUACCUUAUCAACCGCCAAAGGAAAUCAACCCCCCUCUUGAAGAACCCAAUCGCCGCUAGGCCUGACGACGAAGAAGAACUCGAACCCACCACCGUCAACAGUCAACCCAAAAAUCCAGUACCGCUUUGGCUCCUCUUCCAAAAACUCCGUUGGAUGGCGCUGGCCGUCUUCCUCUGCUUUGCCGUCACAAUGGCCUACCCAAUUUUCACCAACCAAAUCCAAAGCGUUAGAAACACGAACCCCACCACGACGACAGGAGGUCAACAAAUCCCCCGACUCUUCCAACCCCCCAUCUUCAUCCCACUGGCCCUCCUAUUCUGGAACUCCGGCGACCUUGUCGGCCGCCUCAUAGUCCUCAUACCCCAAAUAAGUCUAACACACCGGCCCUUCUUACUAUUCCUCUUCUCCAUAGCCCGCUUCUCCUUCAUCCCCAUCUACAUGCUCUGCAAUAUAAACGGGCGCGGCGCCUGGAUAAACAGCGAUGUCUUUUACCUAGUCGUCGCGCAGUUUCUCUUCGGCGUGUCGAAUGGGUAUCUUGCUGGAGCGUGUAUGAUGGGUGCGGCUGAGUGGGUGGCUGUCGAGGAGCGGGAGGCUGCGGGCGGAUUUAUGGGCUUUAUGCUCGUUGCUGGGUUGACGUUGGGGAGUUUGCUGAGUUUUUUGGUUGCUAAUUAGUUUUCGUUUUCUAAUCUGCUAGCCUGUUUUGAUCUUCAUUAAGCUCCUGGUUUAAACUAUGUACCUUAUUAUGACUAUUACGACUGGACCUGGGCCGCUUCUCACGUUAUUUCUUUAUCGUUAGAAUCCCUCAGAUUCUCCCUCUCACAUAUUUUAUUUCACCGUACCCCUGUUUAUAUCAUGGUCGUCACUGUGGGCGUCGAUGCUGCUAUUAUAGAUGAGCAAGACAAGGCUGCUUGCGUUUCGUGUCCGAAUAUGGCCUUAUCGGACUGAAGGUAGCCACUGAUCUUGAAGAAUUACUAGAUAGUUAAAUUUGCAUAUAGACUCUAUCGAUGAACAACUAGCCUAGAAAAUGAAUAAAUCUAUAUAUGCUAAUUCAUACAACAUCGCUCUCUCUCUCACAAACACACAUAAAAGUUCAAGUCGAGAGAAGAUCAUAGUAAGUUGCUUGGGGGAGGUUAGGGAAACGGUAUGGAUGUCAUGUUUUUUGUGCUUGAUAGAUAGACUGAUUGAUGUGUUGAUCUGAUCGGCUAAAGUGGUGAAGACGAGAGGAGAAUUGGGUUGGGAGGAGUGGGGAGUAGAAAUGGAGAAUGUAAGGGUUCAGGGUUGGCGU